GCAGGGUACACGGCGUGCCUGCCCUCGCAGGACGCGCUGGCGCACAUGGCCGAGCGGAAUUUGCGGGUGCUGGGCCAGGAGGCCGCGGUCGGCACGGCUCUGUUGUACCGCCACGACCGACUGGAGGCGCUCCCCGACGGGGCAGCAGAGAAGACCACGCAGGUGGUCGGGGCCUGCCUCAGAGGCAGGCCCCAGGGCGCGCUGGAGCACCUCGGGGCCACCGCCGUGUUCUCGGUCCACCUGGACGCGAAGGACGAGGAGCAGCGGGUGCAGCAGCUGCGGAGGUGCAUGGCGCUGGCGCGGCAGGCGGGCGUCCGCGAGGUCGUCCUGGCCGGAGACAUGAACACCGAGUGCCUCCCCGGUUCGUGCGUCGGCGCGCUGGUGGCCCCCUCCCUGGAGCCGUCGCGGCAGGACCUGGCGCGCGCGUGCGCCGCCGUCUUACAAGUCCAGCGGCUGAACGCCGAGGACCUGGACGGGCACGCGGGUGGCGCGGCCAGCGCCCCCGAGCCGAGCGAGGAGCAGCUGGGCGAGUGGGCCGAGCUCUGGCGGUGGGCCGCCUCGACGGUGCAGGAGUUCAGGAUACCGCUCUCGCACGUGCGCACGGGGCCCACGCGCGCCGGGUACGACCACGGCAGGAGCUGCGGCCCCUGCGUGUGCUGGCGCUUGGACCACAUCUUCUACACCGCGCGCAGCCUGCAGCUCCGCGAGUCCUGGGACGCCCUGGACGGCGACCCGGAGAGCGCCGCCGUGGGCCUGCCGAACCGCGCCUGCCCCAGCGACCACCUGCCCGUCGCCGCGGCCUUCGCGCCCGGGCCCGCGCCGCGGCUGCCGAGCGAGCGGCGCGGGGAGCUGCUGCGGCGGCUGGAGCAGCUGCAGGAGGCCCACGAGGCGGAGCUGGCCGCCUCGGCCGCGCGGCCGGAGCCCGCGCCACCAGCCGCAGAGGAGGAGAACCAGCCUCCCCAGAAGAAGGCGAGGAAGAAGAAGGAGCGGGCGUCCCCGGAGGAGCAGGCCGCGGUGCAGGACCGCAGGCGCCGGCUGCGGGAGUUGCGCGAGCGGCACGCGGGCGAGCGGGGCUCCUUCUGGGCGGCGCUAGGCGAGCUGGAGCAGGACGCCCUCGAGGCGGAGGACCUGUGCGGGCCAGAGUGGGUGCAGACAGGCGCCCGCAGGCGCCGGGCUCGGUAGGCAAACCCGGGCUCCGUCGCGGCCAGGAUUUCCUCGACGUCGCCAGGGCGGCGUUCCAGAGGUCGACCAGGCAGCGCUCGCAGUGCCAGGUCGCGUUGCUCUGCAUGUUGGAGAAUAGUUUGACCCAGUCGUUGAACGGCGGGAGGUGGCUGGGCGUCAGGGAGGUGGAUGGGCGGCUUGGCAGACAGGGGCUCAGGGGUGACCGCGUCCUUGGGAAGGCGUUGCUGCGGCUCGAGGGUGCCUGCUCGCUGGGCGGCAAUUGCCCGCUGCUGCACGUGCAAGCGCCACCCUCCCCGGCGACCUCGGAGGAGUGGAGCGAGACCGCCGAGGAUGAGUUGAGCAGCCACUCGCUGGCCUCCUCGAGCGACAGUUCGGACGGCGACGACGCGCCACUCGUCGACGCCAGCGGGAAUUCGGGGCCACCAGCCGCCCAGUCGCCGCGGAGCGCCGCGCGGCCGCGCUUCGACGGCCGACCCGGCGACGCACCAGAGCCCCUGCCUGGGCCGCCGCCUUCGUCAGGCGGAGCCGCCGCGGCCGCGGGGCGGCGGGGCCCCGAGCUGCGGCAGGCGCCCAUGCCGCCGACGGAGACUGCUGGGCCCCCUACCCGGAGCGGUCACGGCGCCCAGGGCGGCGGUUCUGCGUCGCAGCUUUGCGCGCCGCCAGCCUCAGGCGCCUCCCCGCUGCAGCAGGACGCGGGCGAACGCGCCGCCGCCCCGCGGGACGUGGAACAGGGCGACCUCCUGAGGAGCACUAAGGUGUCGCUCUGA